AUGGCCAAAUUCGUGCUUGCGGGUAGAGCAGAUUGCCCAUAUUAUGCUAAAGCAGAACUCCUAGCAGACUACUUACAAAAGAAUCUUCCUGAUUUUCGGGUACAUAAAAUUACACAACAUCCUCAUGUUUGGGAGGAGUGGUUAAAAGACCUGUGUGAGAAGAAUAAGUGGAGUCACAAAAAGUCCCCCAUCAUAUGGAGAGAGCUGUUGGAUCGUGGAGGAGAGGGCUUGCUUUUGGGAGGAUAUAACGAGUUCCUGGAAUACGCCCAGCUUUACUACGGUGUCACCUCUAGCAUGACUACUGAGCUGAUGAAGAUAAUUGCUCAAGAGAACCUGGAGACACAUAUAGAAAAAGAACUGGAGGAAGAAACCAAGAAAGAUCUCAUCCACCCUUUGCAGGUCUGGAUCACCAGCGCAUCUGUCCCUGCCUGCUACAACCUAAUUCCCAUCUUGACAAGUGGCGAAGUGUUUGGAAUGCACACGGAAAUUAGCCUGAAUCUAUUUGACAAUAAGCAGGCAGAAGAAAAUCUCCACGUUAUCGUGACCGAAACUCGGGACCUGGUGGCCCCCUUGCUCCGGAGCAUCUCCAUCUGCACCCGAGUGGAGGACGCCUUCCUCCAGGCCCACGUGAUCAUCAUCCUGGACGAGAACACUGACCAGGAGGUAUACACUCUAGAAGACUGCAUCCGAAGCAGACUUCCUCUGUGUAGGCUCUAUGGAUACCUGAUCGAGAAAAAUGCUCACGAUUCUGUCAGAGUUAUUGUGGGAGGAAAAACAUUUGUGAAUCUUAAAACCAUUUUGCUUAUGAGAUACGCCCCAAACGUGGCCCACAACAUCAUUGCCGUGGCACUGGGCGUGGAAGGCCAAGCUAGAGCUGCGCUGGCCAGAAAACUGAGAACAACCUCCUCAUGUAUCAAAAAUGUGAUAGUUUGGGGUAAUAUUAGUGGAAAUAACUACAUUGAUCUGAGAAAAGCCAAGGUUUACAGAUAUGAGAGUGCUAUUUGGGGACCUCCUAACUACUCACGCCCUGUUUUGAGCUUGAUUUUUGAUAGUGACUGGGUAAACAGACAAUAUGUGGAAACUCUUAAAAAGCUGACGGCCACAGGAAAACAAUUUGGAGCCAUCUUAUCUGCACACAGUAUAGCCACUACAUUGAAAUACUGGUACCAUGGCUCACCGCCUGGGGAGAUCGUGUCUUUAGGAGUACUAAGUGAAGGCCAGUUUGGUAUUCCUGAAGGGAUCGUCUUUUCUAUGCCUGUAAAAUUUGAGAAUGGAACUUGGGUAGUUCUUACAGAUCUCAAAGAUAUUGAAAUCAGUGAACAAAUAAUGACCAGAAUGACAAGUGAUCUCAUUCAGGAGAAACUUGUUGCACUUGGAGAUUUGAUCAGUUUUCAGCCCUAUCAAUCAGGACACCAGUCAUUGCAACCCAAUGAGGAAAAAAACCUGGUUAUGUCAGACACUAAGUCAAUUGAGUCACAUACCAUCUCUGUAGUGCUAAUGGUCAUGACUCACGUUGUCGGGUCUUAG